UCGUCCACCAAGCCCAUGCGCGUCCAAGUCGAAGAAUACAUCAACGAUCUCCAAAACUCCAUAGUCCUCUCACUCGAACAACUAGACCCCUCCGCACCCCCAUUCAAACGGGACGCCUGGGUCCGCCCCGAAGGCGGCUCAGGCCGUUCCUGCGUAUUCGCCCUCCCCCUCCCAGACGACGUCUCCCUCCCACCUCCUCCAACAACCAUCCUCGAAAAAGCAGGCGUAAACAUAAGCGUCGUCCAUGGCCUCCUCCCCCCAGCAGCCAUAAAACAAAUGCGCGCAGACCACACCUCCAUGCCCCUCCCCGACUCCCCCACCGGCCUCCCCUUCUUCGCAGCGGGCCUCAGUCUAGUAAUACACCCCAGAAACCCACACGCACCAACCGUUCACGCAAACUACCGCUAUUUCGAAAUAACCUCCCCAGACACCGACACCGAUGAGGACGAAGACGACGACGCACCACCAAAAGUCCUAGCAUGGUGGUUCGGCGGCGGCUCCGACCUAACCCCCUCAUACCUCUACCCCGAAGACGCCUCCCACUUCCACAAAACCCUCCAAUCCGCCUGCGACCCACACGGCCCCCAACUCUACGCAACCUUCAAAAAAUGGUGCGACGAGUACUUUUACAUCCCACACCGCAACGAAACUCGCGGAAUUGGGGGUAUCUUCUUCGACGACCUUAAUUCCGGUAUACACGUCCGACUACCCGAUUCUCAGGUCAUCACUCCCCGGCCUAGAACACCCGACGAGAUAUUCAAGUUCGUACGUGCCCUAGGCGACGCCUUUAUUCCUUCCUACAUUCCCAUACUCCACAUCCGCGCUACGUUGCCGUAUACUCAAAAGGAGAGGCGAUGGCAGUUGUUGAGAAGGGGUAGGUAUGUAGAGUUUAACCUCGUUUAUGACCGCGGGACCAAAUUCGGGUUGAUGACCCCCGGAGCGAGGAUUGAGAGUAUUUUGAUGAGUUUGCCGGAGACGGCUAGGUGGGAGUAUAUG